GACACUUACACGCGCACAUAGCUGAGCUGCGGUUACUUUAAGUCCGUCCUCGUCUCGAGCUGCCGCUUCCAGACCUCCACAGCCUCGCCACCAGACACAAGAUGCCGAAAUCAAAGGAAAUCCUGUCGUCCACGUCGGCCAGCGACUCAGACAGCGAGGUAGAGACCAAGGCGAAGCGGAAGAAGCCGAGCGCUCCGGAGAAAGCGGCCAAGAAGCCGAAGGGCGGAGAGCCGUCGAGAGCGGGCGGCUCGGCCAAGAGCGGCGGCGGCGGCGGCGGUGGCGGCGUAGAGGACGGCAUGUUCCAGAUCGGGAAGAUGCGGUACGUGAGUGUCAGGGACUUCAAGGGCAAAACGCUGGUGGACAUCAGGGAGUACUGGAUGAACCCGGACGGAGAGAUGAAGCCCGGGAAGAAAGGGAUCUCGCUGAACGCCGAGCAGUGGAGCCAGCUCAAGGAGCAGAUCAGUGACAUCGACGAGGCGGUGAAGAAGCUGUAGGCGGGCUCCUCCUGCCUUUCUUUUUGUUAAACGACUUCUUGACUCCUUUAGUUUUUUAUAGUCGACUAGAUGAACUUUGUGUUGUAUUGGACCAAAUAUUUCCUGCAUGUGUUUGGUAGUUUGUGUUGUUGAUGACCCGCAGAAGCGGCGUUUCCUACCUGUUGGGCUGAUAGGCCCUGUGUGCGUGCGUGCGUGUAUGUG